AUGUGGCUCCGUUUUCUUCUUAUGAUGUGCUUGGCGUCUUCUUCUUCUUUCGUUACUCUGAUCGAAGCUUCUGUGCAUGAGUAUCGAAACGAGAGAUUCACGUCCAAAGGCAACGCCUUUGUCUUCCAUGGCGGCAGCGAGGGCAUCUACUCUUCAUCGCUCACCGACAACUUCACUUCUGGUUCUGAUUCCGAUUCCGAUUCUGCUUCUUUUAUCCGCUUCGAGAAGAUAAUAUUCCGGAGGCCGGAGGAAAUCUCUAACAGAUCCACAUUGCCUAUCCAUGCCGUGAUUUUCGAGGUUGGGGACCGUGAGAACAUAGGAGGGUCAGCUUAUGGUGGGCAAAGAGCUGUCUGUUGUACUUCAGAUCUGGCGAAACUCGGUGUUUGCUCACAUGGAGAUAUCAUUUACCGUCCUUCUGCUCACGACUCGAACUGGCCUCUAGUGUUUGGUAUUACUUUUGGCGAGAACGAGCUGUCUGCUUUGUUGCCGUCGAGGUUGGUACAGAUCACUAGGACUGGAAUGUACAACUUGUAUUUUAUCCAUUGUGAUCUGGAUCUUAGGGAUUUAGUCGUCGAGGGGAAAACCAUUUGGAAAAACCCAGGUGGGCAUCUGCCCGGUAGAAUGGCUCCACUGAUGUACUUUUACGGGUUCAUGUCUCUUGCUUUCGUGGUUCUUGGAAUCUUCUGGUUCUUGCAGUACGCCAGAUUUUGGAGAGAAGUAUUCCCGCUGCAGAAUUGCAUUACUCUGGUGAUAACACUGGGAAUGUUUGAGAUGGCUCUCUGGUAUUUCGAUUACGCGGAAUUCAACGAGACCGGGAUCCGACCAACAGAUAUAACCAUCUGGGCGGUCACAUUCGGUAAUGUUAAACGAACUGUUGCUCGUAUCAUCAUCCUGAUUGUCUCGAUGGGGUAUGGUGUUGUCAGGCCCACACUUGGCGGCCUCACAUCGAAAGUCAUCAUGCUUGGUGUAACCUUCUUCGCAGCAUCUGAAAUUCUCGAACUGAUAGAAAAUGUCGGUGCUGUAAGCGAUCUCUCGGGAAAGGCUCGGCUGUUUUUGCCACUCCCGGUUGCGAUAUUGGAUGCUUUCUUCAUCAUAUGGAUAUUCAAGUCGCUUUCCGCUACUUUGAAGAAGCUUCAGGCAAGAAGGAUGUUGGUUAAGUUGGACAUAUACAGAAAGUACACGAACGCUUUGGCCGUGGCUGUUUUGGUUUCCGUGGGUUGGAUUUGCUACGAGAUUUAUUUCAAGUCGAAGGACGUGUACAAUGAGCAUUGGCAAAACGCUUGGAUCAUCCCGGGUUUUUGGCAGCUGCUCUCGUUCUCACUUCUUACCAUUAUCUGUGUUCUCUGGGCCCCGUCUCAGAAUUCGACCAGGUAUGCAUACUCGGGAGAAGCGAAUGGCGAAUUCGAGAAGGAUGAUUACAGUCUAACACUCAUAAAACCGACGCAGUUCCCUUCCCAAGAAGCCGAGAACCUGCCCGAAACGAGACCUUUUCCGGCCGAAAAAGGAGGAUCAUCAGAUGGAGAUGUGGAGGAAGACAAAAGGGAAUGAGAUUGAA